AUUUAUUUUUAGAAAACAUACAAUAUCUUAAUAUGCAUAUUCAUAUUACACACAUUGAGUUCGAACGGUUAUUUAAAAAUGGAUAUUUGUAUUAUUGCCAGCCUUUAAUCAUUAUGUAAAAGUUUUUCUACUUGUGCAUUUACUUCUAUUUUUAGUUUACAGAGAAAUUAAGAAAUAACAAAAAGUGAUCAAUGCAAUGUUUAUAUAAAAAUGAAGCUUAUCAAGUGGACUUCGAUGAGUAGGAUGGCCACCGUAGAGAAUACUAAAAAGAGCCCUCAAUUGAGUAAAAUCAAAUUGAAAGGGAUAAAUAGCGCUACGGUGACGGCCUCCGAUUCGGACGCCAGCGUCGAAACGAACAGCCUUAGCGCAGAAAGCGCCACUGAACAGAAUCAAACGGUGCAAAAUGAAAAGAAGAAAAAGAAAAUCCGACGCGGUUCCGAAUGGGAGAUAAUGGAAGGGUUGAAAGACGGCCAACGAUUUGAAAAUAAGCCCAAUACGUUCACUGGAUAUUUACAUAAGAAAAGAAAAUGGCCUUUGAAAGGAUGGCAUAAGAGAUACUUCAUGCUGGACAAAGGCAUUUUGGUUUACGGAAAGGGCCCGAACGAAAUCACCAAAGGAAAGAUUCACGGCACCCUCGACAUCGGCCUAUCCGUAAUUUCCACCAAGCAAAAGAGGAAAAGAAUCGACAUCGAUGCCGAAGAAUUCAUUUACCAUUUAAAGACCAAGAACGAUGAAAUAUUCACCGGUUGGGUGCAACAGCUUACUGCACACAGACUAUACAGGCAGCAUGUCCUAACUUACGGUACUAAUAUCGGUGCUCUUUUUAAACCCGUCGACUGUAUUAAUACUCUAUCGAGGACCCCAGAGAUUCUUAGCCGCGACGGCAGCUUAACAAGAGGCCUAAAGCCUCCGAAUGGCGGCAGCAGAUUGACCACGUGGAUGCAGGAGUCGGUAAGUAGCAUUGAACAGCAACAACGUGAUGCCAGCAUCAUCGAACAAAACAUCUCGAAGCUCAGUAGAUUGCUGUUGCAAAUAGAAAGCAGCAAUCCGAUCGUGAUCGAGAGCACCGUGGAGGCGGUCUCUCCUAACGUCAAAAAGGACCGAAGGAAGUUUGGUUUGAAAAAGAAAAAAUCCGCUUCGUCCAAAGGCGGUAGCGUAGAUUUGAGCAUUCAAUUGACUACCGCUAAAUCGACAACUGGAAAUGAGACUGAAAAUAUUUCCCCCUUAUCAGCUAAUUCGUUUUCCGGAAUGUCCGCUUCGGCCCCAGCUAGUACCACCCUUACGACAUUACCUGUUCCGGCCAAUACUGCAAUAGCGGCUCCUGCUGCAGAUACCUUGAGCAACGUGGAUGUGAUAUCUCUCUCGGCAGAGAAUCAAAUGCGAGACGAUUUUAUUACCCUUUCGAAGCAAGUGAUAAACAGUUUGAAAUCGUUGGUUUUCUCAAUGAGCACGGAACGCGAGCGUUUAAAAUCCGCGUUAGAAUCCGAAAUGCAAGUUCCUACCGUCGCAUCCAAUCAGAACAUCGUUACGUUGAAGAACAGCCUAAACCAGGUGCUACAGCAAAACAUGGACCUCAAGACUAGGUUAGUUAGGAUCCACGAGGCCUCCGAUUUGGCCGAUCUUUCGUGCGUUGAAAACUUGACAGAGAACCAACAAAACUAUCGAAAUUACACGACAUCGCUGAGCUACAGCUCGUCCUGCGUCAGCGCGACGGAAUUCUUCGACGCCGAAGAGCUCGUGCCCGAUCAAAAAACGUCCAAGUACCAUGGUGAGGAAGAAUCGGAGGUGAGAACGCGCUCCGAGAGCAGCUCCGAAGGCGGCUCUCUCACCAGCGAAGGCGAGGGCAGCAUCAGCUCCGAAGAAUCCGAAAUAGGCGUCAUGGAGUUAGAUAACGAGAAUUGCAUCGACGUCAGAGAAUCUCAGGGCUUGACCGGGCGCAGAACGUUCCUUCCCGUACCGCGACCGGCCACUGAAGGCCUGUCGCUUUGGAACCUCCUCAGCCGGAACAUCGGCAAAGAUUUGUCGCAGAUCAGCAUGCCCGUGACGUUGAACGAACCUUUAAACGUGUUGCAACGUCUCUGCGAAGAGCUGGAGUACUCGGAGCUGUUGGAUAGAGCCGCCAGCAUCGACGAUCCUUACGAAAGAAUGGUUGAAGUGGCGGCGUUCGCCGUUUCCAGCUACGCUAGCACCCUCAGUAGGGCGGGAAAUAAACCGUUCAAUCCGCUAUUAGGCGAGACAUACGAGUGCAUUCGAGAGGACAAGGGUUUCAGAUUCAUUUCGGAGCAAGUGUCCCAUCAUCCGCCGGUGAGCGCGUGCUACGCGGAAAGUCCGAAUUUCACGUUUUGGCAAGACGCCCGCGUGAAAACCAAGUUUUGGGGCAAGAGCAUGGAAUUCCAACCGUUGGGCUGCGUCAAUCUCCUCCUACCGAAAACCGGCGAUUUGUACACGUGGAACAAAGUGACCACGUGCGUGCACAAUUUAUUCAGCGGCCAGAGAUGGGUCGAUCAGUACGGCGAAUUGAGGAUAUCCAACGGCAGGAUCACUUGUAAGCUCACCUUCGCGAAAGCCAGCAAUUGGUCGUCGAAGAGGCACGAGAUCGUAGGAGCGGUGUACGACGAGGCGGGCCAGCCGGUGCACAAGCUCUUCGGCAAAUGGUCCGAGUCUCUCUAUUGCGGCGUGGCGCCUUCGGCGAGGUGCAUUUGGCGCGCCGGCACGCUGCCGCCCAACCAGGAGCUCUUCUACGGCUUCACGAGGUUCGCCAUCGAAUUGAACGAAUUGGGACCCGAUUCGCAGUGCCUGCCGCCCACCGAUACGCGCUUCAGGCCCGAUCAGAGGGCGCUCGAAGAGGGCGAUCUCAAUACGGCCGAAACGUUGAAAUUGCAACUCGAAAGCAUGCAAAGGGACAGGAGGAAGCGCAGGGAAGAGUUGAAUUUAGGUUACGAGCCGAGGUGGUUUUCCUGCUCGCAGGACGACACCUGGCAGUACAACGGCAAGUACUGGGAUAUGCGGAAGAAUCCGGGAUUCGCCAAUUUGCAAUUCGAAUCGUUGUGGUGACCUGAAGCGUGCUUGCUUAGUUUGCAUUUGUAUAGAUUCGGAUUUCGAAAAACGCUAAACGGUGAUCGGUAAUUUUUUUAUUUUCUUUUUUUUCUUUCUGGAUUUAUAAGUUUCGGAAUACGCCCGAAGAAGUUUCACAAAUGGUGGACAUUGAUUGUUAUACUCGUUUAGGUGUGAUUCGAAUUUUCAUAUUAUUUAUGAAAUUGAUGGACAAACGAUAAUGAAACUCCGGGCGUAUUUAUUUUGGUUAUUUUGUUAAGUUUUUGAAUAGAUAUAUUAUAGUUAUACAUAUACGUGGUAUGUUAAAAUAGCAAAUUACUUUAGUUUUUACUCUAUGUAGAUGAUUUAUUUUGAAGAUAUUAAAAAGUAACGAUGUAUCAACUUCUGGAAAGUAUGUACAUAUUUUAAUAAAUAUUAUCCGUGUACAUAUUUCAUAAUCUAUUAUAGAAUAUUAGAAAAAUUGUAAAAAAUCUGUGUACCUAUAUUAUAAAUUGAAAAUUUUAAUAAGGUAUACUUUCAUCUAAUGAAAUAAAACAAUCCCAGUUGAGACCUUUGGAUAUAGGUAGUGUUGCUCUCUAUUAAAUCAUUGUGAAUUUAUUUUAAACUUUUAUUGGCUGUGUUUUUAAUAUCUUCAAAAUUUGGGAAAUUUCAGUUUGUUCCAAAUAGUGGUUACAUUUAGAGUUACAUUAUAGAAUGAUUGCAGCAACAGAUUUUCCUAUUUUGGGUGUUUUAAAUUUGGUCCUACUUGAACAAUAUUUUAUUUAACUGUGUAUUAGGAAAUUUGGAAUUUUGCCGAUUGAUAUCCUAACGAGUACUCUUCAUUUUUAAUUUUGUUAAUUUUAGGUCGAUUGAAAUUUUGGACCGACAUGUAAUUUUUCCAAGAAUGAAUGUACUAGAAAAAAUCGAUACCCUUUACAAUUGAGAUUAUGUCAAUUUUAAUUACGUAUAAUUUAUUUUAAUUUUUCACUGUUUUUAGUAGUAAAUAUUCGAUAAUUGUACUAUUAAUCAUGUAUUCAAAUUUAGGAAAUUCAAAUAUAUAUGCCUAAAUAUUUGGAAUGCUGGAUAUCAGUUUUACUAUUUGUAUUUACUUAUGUCUGAACAAAUUUGUAAAUUUUAAAAGUGACAUCCGGUUAGAAAUAGAAAGUUCCACCAUAAUAUAUUGAAUCGCAAAAUGAAUUUAAAAAUGAUAUAAAUGUGUUAUAUAAAAAACCGUUCUAGUCAUUAAAAUUAAAGUUAUAAAAAGUUAUAGGAAAAUUUAUGACAGUUAUUAAUAAAAUAUGAAUUUAAAAAAGUACUACAACUUUGCUAGAGCAUUUAAAGUUUUUUAUUGUUGUAAUUACAUGACUUUGAAUCUACUAAAAAUAAAAAAGCUCAGUUAAUUAUUAUGGCUCGAACUAAAGUUAAUUACAACAGUAAAUUGAACAUGUUAUCAAAUAACAAAUUUUAUCGUUCUUGCGAGUUUAUUUGUUAUUUGUAUUACUAAUUUUGGUAUUACUUGUGAAGUAUUUUUUGCAAUUACAAAUUGUCCUCUGCCUAAUUAAGCUAAUUAGAGUAGAUUACUUCAUAUAAACCGAGUAAAACCGGAAUUAUUAAUCGCCCAAGACAAGUAAUUAUUACGACAAUACUUUUGAAUAUAGCAUUGGAAAUUUUAAAAUUCUUCUAAUAUGUUUUAAUACUGUACCUGCAUAGUCAAAUUCAAUUACUGAUGAAGCUUUAGCAAGGUUUAAAAAUUCGAUGUAUACAUAUUUAAAAAGUUAUAUCAGUUUUUAUUCUUAUACAAACGUUAUGGUUGUGAAUUUAAUAAUUUCAAAGCAUGUAGACAUUUAUUCCAGAGUCUCAAUGUUGGAACAAAUCUAAUAAAUUUUACAAUGUUAAUGAGGAUUUCAUCUUUUGCACUUCACAAUAAAUGUAAAUUACAGUAAUAACUACUUUUUCAAUAUAAUAAUAUUAUAGUAGAUUAUUCAAAUAUAUCAACUUUACAAUCCUCAUCACUUCAAUUAAUAGAAUUGUCACAGUAAACUUAUUAGAUUUAUUAAAAGAUUGAUUCAUAAUGGUUAGAGUUAAAUAAGCCAAAUCAUUGAGGCAGCUCUAUAUUCGAAAACGGUUCUAUAAUUUGUUCCUU